CAGAACGCGCGCGGUAAUAAAGAGCACCUUCUUGAGUUAGUCACCCAUAGCAGUGUGCAGGAGGAGAGAGAGAGAAAGUCUGUGGUGAUUGAUAUAACUAAAUCGAGCAUCUGCCUGCUUUACGUGCCUUUGACGUGCGAGUUGCGCUAUUGACAAAACGCGCUUUAUUGAGCAAUCCGGGGCGGACAUAAGUGCCGAUUGUCCGCAAUUGACAGCCAGGGGGCCCGAGCAGACCAAGACUGAUGAUGAUGGUGUCUUUUCUUGCGGGUCACUGAGAGGAAUCAAACUUAUCUGAGGAGUAGCACACGGCACAGGUAAAGGUGUUGCGCGCAGAGUCAUGGAGAGCGCACUUUGCCACUCAGCGGGAAUAUUCGGCGCCCCUUCGGCUUCAGGAAGUUUAACGACCGGAGGAAACAUGAUCACCGGCUCCAAACCUCUCGCUUUUUCGAUCGAAAGGAUUAUGGCGAGGACGCCCGAGCCAAAGUCGAUACCGUUGCCGAACUUUUUUCACGCUCCCGUGGGGAAAGCGGAUCCCAAGCAGACUCCCGCCCCGCUGCACUGCAUGAUACCGCUCAUGCCGCUCGCCUGCGAGCCGUCCCAUAAACUGCACAUCAAUGGAUUAGACGCCAAUCAUCCCGACGCUUUCUCGUACAAUGCGAGCGAAUUGGUAAGCAUUGGUUUGAAUUACAAAAACGAGCAGCAAGACGCGACCCCGACCAUCGGACAACACAAACUAUUUCGCCCACGCGUGGUGAACCAGUCGUCGUUCCACGCGAUGGGAGCCGCCGUGUGUUACCUGAACUGCGGGGAAACUGCGUGUACGCCACACGCGGGUCUGGUCAACCUUCACCCCAUGGCUUCGUAUCUGCUCAACAGCCCUCUUCACGCGCGUCAGAGGAGCAUUUUUUCCACGGAGAAGAGCAAAGCGUGCGGUGCCGUGGACCGGUAUCCUAUUAACGUGUCUUUUAAGGAGCUUUCUCAGACGCAUCUGCACCAUUACGUCAAGGAGAGCGCACAGAUGCUGUCCGAGAAACUAUUCAAGAACUCUGCCAAAUUAAACAGCGGCUCUCCACAAACCAAACCAAAGGUGUUUACAUGUGAAGUCUGCGGAAAGGUGUUCAACGCACACUAUAAUUUAACGCGUCACAUGCCGGUGCACACUGGAGCCAGACCGUUUGUGUGCAAAGUGUGCGGCAAAGGCUUCAGACAAGCGAGUACUCUCUGUCGCCAUAAAAUCAUCCAUACUCAGGAAAAACCGCACAAAUGCAACCAAUGUGGUAAAGCUUUCAACCGAAGUUCAACUCUCAACACCCAUACGAGAAUUCAUGCGGGAUACAAACCUUUCAUCUGUGAAUUCUGCGGCAAAGGAUUUCACCAAAAAGGUAACUACAAAAACCACAAAUUGACUCACAGCGGAGAGAAACAGUUUAAGUGCAAUAUCUGCAACAAAGCAUUCCACCAGGUGUACAACCUUACAUUUCACAUGCACACGCACAACGACAAAAAGCCUUUCACGUGUCCUACGUGCGGAAAGGGUUUCUGCAGGAACUUUGAUCUUAAAAAACACAUUAGGAAACUGCACGAUAUUUCCCCAGGACCCCAUUCACCACAAACACCCAAUGGAAAUCUGGAGGGUCAGUAAAAUUCCUUUACUUGCCGUCGAAGUUGGAUUCAUCAACAAUGAUCUGUGAUGUUUAAAAAAAAAUAUGUAACAACGCAUGCAAAGUUUUAUUUUAUUUUUUUAUGUAUUUUUUAUUAUUAUUUUAAGUGAUCAAAUGUUGGUCCAUCAUCAUUGUUGAAGCUUGUCUGUGACUGGUAGGUUAUUACAUUAUUAUUUUUACUCUCAGGGUAACGACAGUCUUAUUUAUUUAAAACGGAACUGUUGUCAUUGUCUUAAAGAGAGUAAUGGAAACCCAGUAAUUCGUGUGACCACUGUGUGACCACCCUUUAUUUAUACAUUUAUUAUUUAUAGGCUACGGUUCUUUGUAUUAGCUAUAUAUUGUUUGCCAACUGUAAACGUUUUGUUAAUUCAGUGUGAAUAUAUAUGCAAGGUUUUGUUGUAUAUUUCUAAUGACACCUGAUCUGUCAAAAUAUUAUAAAAAAUAUGAUAAAGAAAUUAAGGAAGCAAAAGAAAUAAAUAUCUUAUGCUAUUUUUUACGGUUAUGUUGUAUACAGGUCUUGUUGUAAAGAAGGUCCUUGCGAAUAAUAGAUCAUAUAAUUGAUCAGAUUUGUGAAGUCUUUACUUUUUAAAAAGAUAUGGGCACUACGGGAUAAAUAUCAAGCAACGUUUACUCUAAGCAACGACAAACAAUUGAGCUUGAAGUAUAAUA